UAUUCUAGUGCACUGUCUUGAAACAAAUCGUAUAGUAAUAUUAUAUACUAAUAUUAGCAUUAUGGUUCCAAGAAGGUGUUUCCACCUUAUUUUGUUGGUUCUUUCAUGUUUAUGCUUCAGCUGCAGAUCAGAAAUGGAGUCUGAUUUUGACAAAUGGAUAUCAUGGAACGUCAAGAAUUACCAGAGAAAGACCAUUAUGGAAAAGAGAUAUAGGAAUGUUAGUGGCAAUGUGCAAGGUCUUGAUCCUAAGCUGAAGAAAGCUGAGAGUAAUAAAGUUAGAUUAAAAGUUAGUCAAGAUGGUUCAGCUCAAUUUAAGAGUAUUACAGAAGCUCUUAAUAGCAUUCAACCUUAUAACAUUAGAAGAGUGAUUAUCUCCAUUGCACCGGGUUACUAUAGGGAGAAAAUUGUAGUCCCAAAAACACUCCCUUUCAUAACAUUCCUAGGGGACGUAAGGGAUCCACCAACUAUAACUGGAAAUGAUACACAAUCUGUCACCGGAAGCGAUGGGGCUCAGUUGAGAACAUUCAAUAGUGCCACUGUUGCCGUGAAUGCUAGCUAUUUUAUGGCCAUCAACAUUAAUUUUGAGAACACUGCUUCAUUUCCUAUUGGGUCGAAAGUAGAACAAGCUGUUGCGGUUCGCAUCACCGGGAAUAAAACUGCCUUUUACAAUUGCACAUUCUCUGGUGUUCAAGACACCCUAUACGAUCACAAAGGCCUUCAUUACUUCAACAAUUGCACUAUUAAAGGCUCAGUUGAUUUCAUUUGUGGUCAUGGGAAAUCCCUCUAUGAGGGUUGCACUAUAAGGUCCAUAGCCAACAACAUGACCUCCAUUACAGCUCAAAGUGGUUCAAAUCCGUCAUAUGAUAGUGGAUUUUCCUUUAAAAAUAGUAUGGUAAUAGGUGAUGGACCAACUUAUCUUGGAAGACCAUGGGGAAAUUAUUCACAAGUUGUUUUCUCCUACACCUAUAUGGACAACAGUGUUCUGCCCAAAGGAUGGGAAGAUUGGAAUGACACAAAGCGCUACAUGAAUGCAUAUUAUGGAGAAUAUAAGUGUAGUGGACCUGGAUCCAACACCGCCGGAAGAGUCCCAUGGGCACGGAUGCUAAAUGACAAAGAAGCUCAAGUCUUUAUUGGGACUCAAUACAUUGAUGGGAACACUUGGCUAAUCAGCCCUUAAUCCAAGACAGAUACCUUUGGAGUUUAAUUUACUACUAUAACAAAUACCUGCAUGCAUAUAUGCAGGACUUUAUUGUUAUUCAUCAACAAUAUAUAUUAAAUAUUAUGUUUUUAUUAGAAUGUGAAAUGAAAUGAAUAAAGGAAGAUAUUAUUU